CGGCCUGUGCUAUCACCGCUGGUGAAUUCAGUGACUCUGGAAGGAGCGUUGCUCUUUGUCCCUUGAUCGCAGUUUCAAGAAAUCUCUGUUAACAGUCCGAUCACAGCAGUUCGUUUCUCCAACGCGGGUUAGCCGCCAGCGGGAGAACCGUUUGGUGCGAAAUGGCAAAGCAAAUUUGGCUGGUAUUGUUAACGUGCGUCUCAGUGGCUAACUGCGCAAAACUGUUAACCGUGGCCCUGAUGGGUGGAAGUCAUACUCUGAUGAUGGAGGAAAUCUCAAAGAUCUUGGCACGGGAGGGCCAUAAUGUAUCCAACCUCAAUCACGUGAUCAAUUCAUUUGAUGAACCAGAGAUCACACGUGAUAAUUAUACAUACAUCCCUUGGAGCAUAGGAGGAAAUUAUCCAGAAAUACACCGAAAAGCCAAGUAUGCAUUUGUGCAGAAUGCUCUUCAAGGAAAGUAUUCUCUUCGUUGGUUCUUCAAUAUCCUGGAUUUGCAUGCUUACGAGUGUGACAGGCUGUUAUCUGAUUCUGAUUUACUGACCAGGCUAAGGAACAAAAACUUUGACCUGCUGGUGAUUGAGGCCUUUCACUUCUGUACCUUUCUGCUGGCCGAGAAGCUCAAGGUGCCUUUUGUUGCCAUCUAUGGCACCUCGGCCUACAACGCGCACUACGUUCACAUGCCCUCAAACCCCAGUUAUGUGCCUGCCCUUAUGUCUCACUUGACGGAUUCCAUGAACUUUCUUGAGCGCCUCCAGAACGCCUGGGUGCAACUGCGGAACUACUUUGAAGGUCAGAUGUGUUUUAGUCGCUUCGAUGGUGUGAUCAGGAAGCAUUUCUCGGGUGAGGAUAUAAACCUGGAGGACCUACAUCAUAAAGCAGAGCUCUGGAUCUAUAACACGGGCUUCUCUUUGGAAUACCCUCGACCACUGCAACCCAAUGUGGUCUUUGUUGGUAGUUAUCUUGCUAAGCCUGCUGAAUCAUUGCCCCAGGAAAUGGAGGACUUUGUAACAGGCGAGCAGGGCUUCAUUGUAGUUGCUUUGGGGACAAUGGUGGAGUCAAUUGCAGAUCAGCACCUGGUAAAGAAGAUGAUCAGAGUUUUCUCUCAGCUUCCACACAGGGUCAUAUGGCGACUCAGCAACAGCUCCUGGCCUCCUGACCUCAGCAUGCCCAAUAAUGUGAAAAUAUACAAAUGGCUUCCACAGAAUGACUUGCUGGGACACCCACAGGUUCGAGCAUUCAUUUCGCAUGGGGGGAUAAACAGUUUGCACCAGGCCGUGUACCACGGAGUCCCAGUGCUGGGUAUGGCUCUCUUCUAUGACCAGAUGGAUAACAUCAUCCGCCUGAUGAGCAAAGGAAUGGCCCUUUCUAUAUCCGUAGGAGAACUGGAAGAAGAGACUUUACGCGCAAAGCUGACACAACUAUUAACCAAUCCCAGCUUCAAGCAGAAUGCCAUCAGGACAAGCAAGCAGCUAAAGUUCCAGCCCUUCACUGUGGCUGAGCUCACCAGCAGGUGGAUUGAAUCGAUUCUGAAAGUCGGAAGCGGGGAGCACUUAAAGCCUCAUUCUUACCAAAUGCCUGCUUACCAACUGUACUUACUGGACGUCUGUGGCUUUGCAUUGGCGGCUGCAGUGUUGAUCAUAUUCUGUGCUUACCAAGUCCUCAGGAGCCUGAUACACCGAUUGCAUCCGACCAAAGCUGGAAAGAAGGAAAAAGCCACUUAGUGGGAAUAUGUAUUGUCAAAGCCCCAGUGAGCUACUUUGCUUACCACAGUUAGAAUGUGUCACAGGGUCUGGGAAACUUUUUUAUUCUAACAUAUAGAUGCCUAGACUGAUUCCUAGAUAAUGACAAUGAUUUGUACUUUGUUUAUAAAAUUAACAUUUAGGCAAAAAUCAGUAUAGUACCGGGAGCUUAUUGUGCUUAUUGAAUCAGAAUUUGAUUCAAAAUCAGAUUUAAUACCACUGACAUAUGUCGUGAAAUUUGUUGUUUUAUGGAAGCAGUAUAGUACAAUACAUUAAAAACUACAAACUACAAUAAGAAGUAUAUAUAAAUUAAAUAAAUAAUCAAGAGAGCAAAAAUAGUGAGUGGUGAUCAUGGGCUGGUUGUGAAAUUUGUUGUUUUGCGGCAGCUGUACAGCACAAUAUAUAAUAAUAAAAAAUACAUGAAGAAAAUAUAUAUUAAAAACUUUAAAGAUAAGUUGUGCAAAAGAGAGCAAAAACAGAACAAGAAGUGGUGAGGUAGUGUACAUGGGUUCAUUGUCCAUUCGGAGAUCUGAUGGUGGAGAGGAAGAAGCUGUUCCAAAAAUGUGGAGAGUGUGUCUUCAGGCAAUGAGAAGAGGGCAUGUCCUUAAUGAUGGAUACCACCUUUUGAAAAUGCCUUUGAUGGUGUGGAGGCUGGUGCCCAUGAUGGAGAUGGCUGAGUUUAUAGCCCUCUGCAGAUUUUUCCGAUCCUGUACAGUGGCCCCUCCAUUCCAGACAAUGAUGAAACCAGUCAGAAUGCUCUUCAUGAUUCAUCUGUAGAAAUUUGCUACAGUCUUUGGUGACAUACCAAAUCUCCUCAAGUGAAAGGAUCACUGGCAAACUCAAGCACAGGAAUCACAGAGACUUCAGCAAUUAAAAUAAAACUAAAGAUUUAAUAUAGGAAUGAAGAAGAAAAAAAGUAACAGGAGCUCGGUCUGAGUUUCAAAGAAGAGUUGGCAUGUCCCCCGAAAUACACCCUGGAGCCCAUAGGAAUUCUGGAGUAAUCAGGUAACACAAGUGUCCAGACAAAGCAAUAAUCCCUGAAGCCAACAACUACGAAACAAGACAUUGAAUAUACCAUUCUGAUGAUCCCAAAUUUAAAAAAAAUUAUAAAUAUAAAGAGAAUGUAACUAUUCCCAUGAUACCAAAUGAGACACCUGCAAACCAAAGUGAAAAUCCAGAUCUAAUCCAAAGACAAUUAGACAUAAAAGGUAAAUAAACCAAGGACAAUGAAUACCAAUGAGGUGACACUGAGAAAAUACAGUCCACAUACUAAUUCACAAAAAAACCCCACAUUUUUAAGAAUGAUCCCUGGUUGUGACAUCAAGCUCGUAAUAUUCAUCUUCGCACAGGCAGCCACGAAACAAAGAAACACCAUGGAAUCUGUUCAAAGAAAACAUCAAACACCCAACACACACUCAAAAAAGAACAAACCGUACAAGUGGCAAGAACACGAGCGAUUAAUACACUGGAUAUUAAACAUCAAACAGCAGAAUCCUUGAAACAGUCGGGGAAUGUUUAGUGUAGUUCAGUUCAAUUCAGUGCUGUGCCUUUCUACAUAAGGAAAGUGACAGUAAUGCAAAGGUUAUCCAUAGGCCAUAAUUGGGGUUGGGAACUCCACUGGUUGUCGAAAGACUACAGAAAUACAUCUUUGUUUUAUAUUUGAACAUCAGUGUGGAACGAGCUGCCGACAGAAGUGGUAGGUGCAGGUUCAGUUAGAACAUAGAACAGCAUAGUACAGGAACACUUUCCCAUCCACAAGGUUUAGCCGAACCUAAUGAUUUAGUAAUCAAAUGGCCAACUAUGCUAAUCCUUGUAUAUCCUGCAUAAUAUCUAUAUCACUCCACUUUCCUCACAUUCACGUGUCUAUAUAAAUGACUCUUGAAAGUCCCUAAUGUAUCUGCCUCUACCACCACCCCAGGCAGCUCAUUCCAGACACCCACCACUCUCUAUGUUAAAGACUUGCCCCUUGCAACUCCUUUACAGCUUCCCCCUCUCACCUUAAAUGCAUGCCCUCUGGUAGUAGACAUUUUAAUCCUUGGAAAGAGACAUUGUCUGUCUAGUCUAUCUAUGUCUCUCAUGAUCCUACAGACCUUUAUCAGAUCUCCACUUAGCCUCCGCUGCUCCAGAGAAAACAUACUAAGUUUGUCCAACAUCUCAUUAUAACACGUGCCCUCUAAUCCAGGCUGCUGGCAUCAGCGCUGGACUUCAGAGCGAAGGCUCCGGAUUUCGAAUCCAGCCGGCUCCCUUGCAUACUUUCCGUCCGUGCUGGGUUGAGCGUCGAGUUAGCAACUCAGCCUCGUAAAAAUAAGAAAGCCUGCUAAAAAAAACACCGUCAUGACGGCAUCCCGAUGACUCCACUCGGAGUCAAGGGCUUUCUUCUUCUUCUAAUCCAGGCACCAUCCUGGUAGAUCUCUUUUGCACCCUCUCCAAAGCCUCAAUGGUCUUGCUAUAAAGGGGCAACCAGAAUUCUUUGCAGCACUCCAGAUGCGGUCUAAUUAAUGUUUUAUAAAGUUGCAACAAAACAUAAUUGUAACAUAAUUAGAAGUUUGGAUGGGUACAUGGCUUGGGUACUGAUAGAUGGUACUAGACAGAAGACCAAGUUGGCACAGACAAGAUGGGCUGAAGGGUCUGUUUCAGAGCUGUAGAGCUCUAUGACUGUUUGUUUGAAAACCUAAUGGUGUAAAGUUUGGUCAUUGUUAUAAUGUGGAAAAUAUUGCAAUCAGUUUAUACACAGGAAGCUCCAACAUACAACAAUGGUUAGUAAUUCAGAACAUAGAAGCGUACAGCACAGGAACAGGCUCUUUGCACCAUUAGGGUCAAACUAAUUAUGUUAAUGACACCUAAUCCCUUCUGUCUACACAUAUCCAUAUCCCUCAGAAGAGACCAUAAAAUAUAGGAACAGAAUUAGGCCAUUAGGCCCAUUGACUCUGGUCCGAGAGCUGGAGAGGUAACUACUGUAUAAGGAUAUGGGAAGUGGGUGAGGGAAUAGGAUAAGUCAGCUAGCCGACAUGGAGCUUUAUUUGACCUGAAAGGCCAAACUGUUUCUUUCUGUACCUCAACCAUUUUGUAAACUGCCUAUUCUUUAGCUUUCGAAAAUAACUAGCAAAACAGUCCUGAAACACUUUUAUAUUUUCCUUGACCUGCUCUGAUUUAUUUUGUACUAAAUAAAGCACCAUGGAUUCAUUACAGGGAAAUCAUGACAAGUCCGGUAAGACGGCGGGGCAUGCAGACGCAGUGGCCUCUCAGGGUAAAACCAAAGGUGCUUUUUAUCUUUGUUAAUUGUGUUAUUUUUAUCGUAAGACUAUACUGGACUCUAAUAACUAUGGGUACAGCAGGUCUACCGUAUCAGUGAGCUGCUCAUUGUUUGAUGUAGCCGGCCGUGGGAGGAGAGUCGGGCCGCCAGGUCAUGAGAACAGAAUCGAGCUGCAGGGCCGUAGGUGGAGCCAGAUUGAAUUCAGAGGAGAUAACCUAGGUGCAGAUCAUGCUGCCUGCUACUCAAAGGCACAGGAGAUGGUGCGUGAAGGCAGUGUGCAGUGAAACCGUGAAUGACUGUUUUGGGCCCUGUUGAACAUUGAUUGCCGCAGGCCUGUUCCUCCUGUAUGGUGGCGAAACAGCAGGUGAGGCAGCAGUGUCACCUCUGUUGUAGCAAGGACUAGUCUUCAAGCUGUGGGCUUGUCUGCUGCUGCAGUCCAGGUGAGGAGACGCCGGAGACUGUGUAGUGUGGCGUCCGUACUCAGUUGUGGGUGGCCUCCCUUGUCAGUGCUGCCCUCCAGUGUUGGAUCAGUGGAAUUACCAGCUGGACUGCCAGGAACCAUCAACAUGCAUGACUUUUCGCUCAGACUCUUGGACUAAAGAUGUGUUUUCUUGAGUGACUAUAUUCUUUUUUCUCUCUCGCUAUUUUAAAUGUGUGUGUAUAUUUUUGCACCUUGGCCCCAGAGGAACUUGUUUGGCUAUA